AUGGCGUCGUCCUUUUUGGUUCCCUUCACGCUGCACGUUAAGCGAUCAGAGCUGUGCGAGUCGCUGCAAGACGAACUUGGGCCCCUAUUAUCAUUACUGCGCGGGGAAGCGGUUCUCUCGCCCAGAAGUAACGAAGCACCCGUGCGAAACGCGGCUAGUGCCAACGUGCUGCAGCAUCUGCUAGAGGACAUUGCCCUGCCGUCGCUCAACGCGGACUUGGAGCUUGUCAAUGACGGCACUCUCAACUUUGUUGCCGGCGCCAGGCGUGCUGCGCGCUUCGAGCACAGCUACGUGAGGCUCAUCUUUCAAGAGUACUGCAGACGCAAAAGCAUUGAAAAGGAGCGAGCAGAGGCGCUAGACGAGUGUAGGAGGUCGCGGCAGGCGCUGGUGGACGCCGAACUCCCACUGGACGUCCGCGCGUCGCUAGCCGCAUUGGAGGCGGAAGAGUCCGAAGAGCGUGCGGCGGUGACGGUGGCGUACAAAAGUUUUCUAGACUGGGUAGACGCGACCACGCCGGAGUGGCUGGAGGCGGCGCUUCGUCUGGAAAAGGGGAGGCAGGCGAAGGCCGCUGCCAUCGACGCGGCGAAGCGCGCCUUGGAGGAGGAGCUUGCGCAGCAGGGCAAUGCCGCGACGAAGGGUGCGGUGGGCACCGCCACCGAUGACGCAUCCCUGCGGCAAAAAGCCAUUGCCAUGAUCGAGCAGGAACAGGAGCGUCGUCUGCAGGCACAGGAGGAUCGGAUAAAUAUGCUACGCAGCCAGGAGGAGCAGUUGCGACGCCAAAUUGAGGAUAACAGGCGGCGGAGUGAGGCGGAGAAGGAGCAGCAGCGCGCGGCCGAGCUGGAACGCAGGUACAGAGGGCUGGUGGAGCAAGAGGGCUCCUUGCAGCAGCGCUUGUCGCAGUAUGAGCAGGCGCGGAUGCGGCGCGAGGAAGAGCGCCGUGUGCUGCUGGAGCAUAUUGAGGCUGAGGAGCAGUUACUCCGCCGGCGCCUGGAAGAGAGGGAGGCGCAGCGAAAAAAGGCGGAGGAGGAAAAGGAAAAACUGGAGCGCGAGCAUCGUGAAGAGCUUUACGAACACGUGGAGGCUGAGGAAGCCCUGCUGCGGCGCCGACUUCAGCGCUAUGAGGAGGCACGGACGCUGGAGAAGGAAGCGGCGAAGAGGCGGGCGGAAGAGGAACGCGAGGAGCUUUACGAACACGUGCGUGCUGAGGAGGAAAUCUUGCGACGGCGCCUUGAGCAGCGGCGGAAGGAGGCGGAGGCGGAGAAGAUUAGGCGUGACGCGGAGCAGCAGACGCGGCAAAGAGAUGCGCUACUCAAAGCCCUGACGGUGGAGACAUCCGCGUUGGAAGGGCGCAUGCGUCACCGAGAGGAGGAGGCCCACCGGUUGCGGCGGCUGGAGGACGCAAAGCGGGAGGAGGAGCUACGCUUGCUGGUCGAAAUGGAGGCAAAGCAGAGCCGCGUUAUGGAGGAACACAGGAGACAGCUUCAGACACAGCCGCAACCGCGUCAAUCUCAGCAGCACCACCAACAUCAGCUGCAGCAGCCGUACCAGCCCGCUUCUGCCAAUAACCACAUUUAUUAUGAUCCACUGUCGCCGACCCCUCCUCUACCGCCGCCGCAGGCUGCAAGUGGUGGUUCCGCAGCGGCUGCAACCUCUCCAGGUGCGUACCCGUGGGGAGGCAGCACUGUUCCAUCUUCGUACUGGCAGUACGCUUACUAUCAGCCACACCCACAGCAGACGCAGACGCAGACGCAGCCGCCACCAUCGCCAGGUUACAUGUCGUUUUCAGUUGAGAGAUGA